AUGGCAAGCAUACUAACGUAUACUUCGACGCGGAGAAUACAGCCGUAUUUACUUUGCUUUUCUAGAAAUUCCUUUUCUGGUCAAUUUUUCACUUGCCGUACUUUUUUCCAGACUCCAGUACCACGAAACUCGAGUUCCAUUAGCGACGAAUUCUCAAAAGAUGAUAUCGACAAAGCAAAGGCAUGGCUCCAAAGCUUCACGGUCGAACAGAUACCGACACAUAUAUUUGAUAUAUCCUAUAGCCGAUCGUCAGGAGCUGGUGGGCAGAAAGUCAACAAGACUUCCUCGAAGGCUACUGUCGCACUAGAGCCAUCGCAAUGGCUUGAUCCCCAGUACUGCUAUUGGAUUCCGUUACCGGUACGACGCCAAAUCUCGGCAAAGAAGAUUCGGUACGAGACAAAGAAGGGAGGGAUACUUAUUCAGAGUGACACUACGAGAAACAGGGACGUGAACACGGAUGAGUGCUUCCGCAAGUUGCUCCAGGAAAUCAAAGACACAACAUUUUUCGCAGGCGAGGUAAGUGAAGAAGACAAGAAGCGAUGGGAAGAAAUCCGUGAGGACGCCAAGGAGAAGCGGAUGUUCAACAAGAAGAAGCAGAGCGAUAAGAAGAAGAGUCGACAGAAGAAGUUCGACUGGUAG